AUGAGAGGUUCAAGAACAGCAUCUUCAGACAUGAGUGCUUGGUGUUCUGCUGUGGUGUUGUUGUCUUUGAUACUUUUGUUAUCGGUUCGUGAAAACAACGCUUCUGACUCGGUAAGAGGGUCUCAAUUCUCAGAGAAACCUUGCGAGGAGAUUUACGUCGUCGGAGAAGGAGAGACGCUUAACACCAUCGGCGACAAGUGCGGUGACCCGUUUAUCGUCGAGCGAAACCCGCAUAUCCAUGACCCGGAUGAUGUCUUCCCGGGCCUUGUCCUCAGGAUCGCACCUUUUUACUUCACCAGAAAAUCGUAA